AUGGCAACCAUGCAAGUUGGGAACAUCACAGGAAGUGAUGUCCACAUUGGGAUGAUGGACAGGAAUGGGCAGCUGGAGGUCAAAGUGAUCGAGGCACGUGGCCUCACUCCAAAGCUAGGAUCCAAGUCUAUCCCCGCCUCCUAUGUCAAGGUUUACCUCUUGGAAAAUGGGGCCUGCCUGGCCAAGAAGAAAACAAAGACAGCCAAGAAGACCUGUGACCCCCUGUACCAGCAGGCCCUGCUCUUCGAUGAGGGUCCCCAGGGCAAGGUGCUACAGGUGAUCGUCUGGGGGGAUUAUGGCCGCAUGGACCACAAAUGCUUCAUGGGAAUGGCGCAGAUCGUUCUGGAAGAGCUGGACUUGUCCAGCAUGGUGAUGGGCUGGUACAAGCUCUUCCCCACUUCCUCGUUGGCGGACUCCACGAUUGGACCCCUGACGCGACGUCUCUCCCAGUCCUCUCUAGAGAGUUCAACAAGCCCCUCUUGUUCUUAA